AUGAAGGACAUGGAGCAGGACAUCUCCUCCAUUGAGAAGCGAUUUGCUUAUGGAUUCCUCCAGAAGCUUCUCAAGUGGAUGGACAUCGCGCAGGAAUUCAUCGCUCAUCUCGAGGCUGUAGUCAGCAGCGGCCGGGUGGAAAAAUCCCCACAUGAGCAGGAGAUCAAAUUCUUUGCAAAGAUUCUUCUGCCGCUGGUCAAUCAGUACUUCAAGAACCACUGCCUGUACUUCCUCUCCACUCCCGCCAAAGUUCUGGGCAGUGGAGGCCACUCCUCCAAUAAGGAGAAGGAGAUGAUUGCCAGAUCACACCACGUAGUGCCCACUGUCACCCCAAUAUCUAAAGAAACCAGGGCGUGGCUCAAGACCCUUGAGAAUCACACGGUUCAGUAUUCGUUCAAAGGGAAGCGAAAGAGCAGACGGAGAUCAGUGAUGCUGCUUUUUUUUCUGCUGUCUUCAGGAACGGAUUCAGGAGCCGUGGUCAACUGCCUGCACAUCCUCUCCCGCUCGCUGGACGCCAGGACCGUCAUGAAGUCGGGCCCUGAGAUCGUGAAGGCGGGACUGCGCCAGUUCUUUGAGAGCGCCGCGGACGACAUCGAGAAGAUGGUGGAGAACCUGAAGCUGGGGAAAGUCUCCAGUCGAAACCAGGGCUGUAAGGGCGUGUCCCAGAACAUCAACUACACCACCACCGCCCUGCUGCCCGUCCUCACCUCCCUGUUCGACCACAUCGCUCAGCACCAGUUCGGAGAUGAUGUCAUAUUGGAUGACCUGCAAAUAUCCUGCUACCGCCUGAUGUGCAGCAUCUACUCUUUGGGAACGGUGAAAACUCCACAUGUGGAGAAACAGCGGCCGGCUCUUGGCGAAUGUUUGGCCCACCUGGCGGCCGCCAUGCCCGUGGCCUUCCUGGAGCCCGUUCUGAAC